GGGAAGCAUUCGAUUUUCAGUUUUAUUUUUGGCAUUUUAUUAUUUAUUUAUUUAUUGUGGAAAAUUCGUGAAAAAGUCUCAUCGAGAUAGUCUGCAAUGUCGACUAACGAUCUAGUGUUGACCGAGGCCAUGCGACAGCGCUACCUGAAGUAUACCAUACACGUGGGCCGUGCAGACAACGAUGGCUUCGAUGCCGGGCUUGGCACCAUAGAUCUGGUGAGCCACCCGGAGCAGCAGGCGGGACAGACUCAGCUGGGCGCCAGGCCAAUGGUAGCUCCGAAUGUCGAAGGGGCAACCCUAAUGCAGUUCGAUGGACUGAUACGAAGCUAUGACAAGAACAUACACCAGAUCCUGGAAGAGGAGCUGCCGACACGCCGCGGCAACCUGCCGCCGCAUGCCGUGAAGAUCCUCAAGUGCUGGCUGUACGAGCACCGCUACAACGCCUAUCCCAGCGAGGUGGAGAAGCGCAUUCUCGCCCACAGGGGCAACAUCAUGGUGCAGCAGGUGAACAACUGGUUCAUCAAUGCGCGCCGCCGCAUUCUCCCCGGCAUGAUACGCCGCGACGGCAACAAUCCGUCGCACUUCACCAUCUCACGCCGCAACAAGAAGGCGAUGCUGAGCGCCGAGGCAAACAGCGCUGAUUCGAAUAACAGCAAGAUUGAAACUCACCAGGAUGAGGGCUCUCCAGACUCGAAACUGCUCGCUAUGGCCACAAAGGAUAUCAACGCAGCCCUUAUGUCCAAAAGCAACCAGUCGUAAGCAGCGAUACCAUUGUGAAUCAAGCGGGAACUAACGAACGACAAAAUGGGAACCAUAAUUAAAUAAAAUACUCAACACAUACACACACACACAGUCAUACAGCAGCUCAACUCAGGCAUCACUCAAUUACUCUACAUUCAAUUCGAAGUUCAGCAUUAUCAAGUGUAUGCAAAUCUUUGCUGGGAAUCAGCUUAGGUGAAGUAUUACACUCUGCUUGUUUACUGUCCAGAUGGAACUGUAUUUAUACCAAACAAACACUUGACAAUGGAAUCGCUCGAGACAUUCGAAUAUCACACAGCUCUUACAAGCAUCAAACUAUAUUCUGUUACUAAUCUAACUUGAUAUCUAAAUAAAUCUUACAUGCAUCAUCUGAAAAUG